AUGACAAUAUUAUGCUGGAAUGUUCGUGGUCUGGGUAAUCCACGAACAUUCUGUGCUCUGAGGUACCUACUCAUAGACAAAAAGCUCGAUGUCAUCUUCUUAUCAGAAACCAAGAAGACGAUACAACAAAUGGUAGGGGUCAGUGCACAACUAGAAGCAAUGGGUCAUUUUAGUGUGAGUCGAAAUGGUCGUGCUGGUGGAUUGGCGUUAUUGUGGCAGCACGGGGUGAAGGUUUCUAUUCGUUCUUUUUCGUCAGGGCAUAUUGAUGCCAUGAUUGAGGGUGUGGCACAAACUUGUUUCCAUUUUACGGUGCUGGAGCUUAAUGAGUAUUUGGGUAGACGAUAUAGACCAGCGUCACAAAUGCGGGAUUUUGUCAUGGCUCUUGAGGAUUGUGGUUUGACAUUGAUGAAGUAUAAGGGUUACAAGUUUACUUGGACAAACAAUCGAACUGGGGAUGACAGAGUCCAACUUCGGCUGGAUAGGGGAGUGGCGAAUGCUGCGUUUUUUCAAGCUUUUCCGGGGGCAAUAGUUCAUCAUGUGAACUCUUCGGUUUUAGACCACUUUCUUGUAUCUAUUUAUUUUGGGGGCUCAUAUAUGGUGCGGUGGGCUCGAAGAUUAUGUUUGAAGAAAUGUGGACCGAAGUUGAUGGGUGUACGGAGACAGUUGUUCAAGCUUGGGGUGAGGAACAAGAUCCGACAUAUUCAAGGGCAACUUGAUGGAUUAAAAAAGAAACCGCAAACAGAUGAUGUGGUGCGAUGUCAACGUAGGCUGACUGGUGAGCUGGAUAUACUACUUGCGAAGGAGGAGAUGAUCUGGCAACAAAGGUAUUUUAAUGAGCAUAAUGUGUGGAAUACUUCUAAUGAAGGCGUUGGUUCCAUUUUUUGUGAGUAUUUUAAGAAGCUAUUCACCACUAGUGGUGAGAAUGAUUUUAGCACUGUAUUGGCUGCAGUGCAACCUAAAGUGACUCGAGAACACAAUGAAAGACUGAGCCAGCCUUUUACUAGAGCCGAAUUGGAGGAUGUGCUCUCAAAAAUGUUUCCUACUAAAUCUCCUGGUCUUGAUGGGAUGCCAGCUUUGUUUUACCAGCGGUACUGGCAUGUAAUAAUGAUGUGGUGGACAAUCCCACACGAGUUACUGAGUACCGACUAA